AUGGGAGAAGCAACAGAAAGGUAUGCAGUUGUGACUGGUGCAAAUAAAGGAAUUGGAUUAGAGAUAGUUAAGCAGUUAGCUUCAGCUGGGAUCAAGGUGGUGCUCACAGCAAGAAAUGAGGAGAGGGGUCUCCAUGCAAUGGAAACUAUCAAAGCCUCAGGUUUAUCUCACCUUGUAAUGUUUCAUCAGGUGGAUGUGGCUGAUGCAACAAGUGUAGCUUCUCUGGCUGAUUUUAUCAAAUCUGAAUGUGGGAAACUUGAUAUUCUGGUUAACAAUGCAGGGAUUGGUGGAGGAGCAAUUAAAGACACUGAUUUGUUCACCUCAGUCCUCUUCAAUCGUGGGGCUGUGACGGAAGAAGUUGGAACAAAGGCAGUCACUCAAACAUACGAGUCAGCUGAAGAAUGCUUGCAAAUAAAUUACUAUGGCGCCAAAAUAACUGUAGAAUCACUUAUGCCCCUCCUCCGAUUAUCUGAUUCACCAAGAAUUGUGAAUGUAUCAUCCCUUUUGGGGCAGUUAGAGAGCUUUCCAAAAGAAUCAUGGGCCAGAGAAGUCUUCAGUGAUGUUGAUAACCUCAGUGAAGAGAAAGUGGAUGAAAUAUUGACCAAGUUUCUCAAAGAUUUCCAAGAAGGAUCAUUGGAGAGUCAAGGAUGGCCAAGGUAUCUUAGUGCCUAUAUUGUCUCCAAAGCUGCUAUGAAUGCCUAUACUAGAAUCCUUGCUAAGAAAUACCCUUCAAUCUGCAUCAAUAGUGUUUCCCCUGGUUAUGUGAAGACAGAUAUAACAGCCAACACUGGCCUCCUAACAGUUGAAGAAGGUGCUGCUAGUCCUGUGAGGCUGGCACUGCUUCCCAAUGGUAGUCCAUCUGGGCUUUUCUAUCACGAGAGUAAUGUGGCUUCCUUUUGA